CUACCCUUUGACUCUGAUUCCCAGUCUAGUCCCUAUCUGUGCUUUUGCCCGUCCAUUGGAUUACAGUACUUUGACCUUCUGCCUGCCUGUGACCUGGAGACCUGCUUAGCCCUCUUGUACCUCAGUUUGUAUCGGUGCCUUCUGUGUAUGAGCCCAGCCUGGACGUCUGACCACUUUCUACUGUUCCCUGUUGUCAAUCAGAGCGGCGCACACCACAACUGGAGCCACAACACCUGCCUCCGUCUGUUGUUCCCAAUCCUCGUUGCGCUAGCUGCUGUUCAGCCCAGCUGUGGCUCCCUUCAAACGUACCAAUACCAGGAGCCCAUCACCAACAAGCUGCUCACCUGCGACCGCUGUCCGCCCGGCUUUCACAUGUUAAAGGACUGCACCUCUGCAACGCCGACAGUGUGUAAGCCAUGCCCGCCAAACCACUACACACAGUACUGGAACUACCUGCCCAGGUGCCUGUAUUGUAGCACGUUCUGUGGGGAGAACCAGAGGGUCAAGGAAGAGUGUUCGAGUCAAAAUAACAGGGUGUGUGAGUGUGAAGAAGGAUUUUACUCGGACACCGGUUUUUGUAUCCGACACAAGGAGUGUCCUCCUGGACACUGGGUGAAACAAAGAGGCACGACUGAAACGGACACAGAGUGUGAAAAAUGCCCCCACGGCUAUUUUUCCAGAAACUUCUCUUCGAGUGCCGGGUGCGCAAAUCACACGGAUUGUGAGUCUCUGGGGCGCAAGACUGUUAUUAGAGGCACAUGUUGGCAUGAUAACAUUUGUGCCAAUUCCUGUGAAGAACUUAAAGAUGGAGGUGAGCUUCUGCUCUUUAGAACAUUCCUUCCUGACUUCUUCCAAUUUCACGAAAUGAGAACAUCGAUGGUCAGGAAACUAAUCGGGACGUUAAACGGAGAAGAGGAGCAGCCGCAUUACAGAGGCCUGCUGCUGAACAAACUACGGGACUGGUUUACGGACGCCACGGUAGAAGAACUGAGGAGUGUUCCGAAGGUUCUCAGGAAGUUAGACCUUGUGCUGGCAGGUAGACUGGAGAGGAAAAUGCGGAUGUUGAAUGGCGCCUCUGACUGUAACCAGAAUAUAAACGUGACCCCACCGCCUCACUGCGAGGCAGAGGACUCUUCUCCAACUGAAUCGGGUAUAUAAUGUAAUUCCACCUAUGCUUCCAUUAUCACCACGAAUAAUUCUAGUAGUUCUGAAUGCAAUCCAUUGUAAUGUAUACUUUGUGCAUUCAUUUAUUGUUCACCAAUACAGAUGUACUUAAAGCUGCA